CACUGUACCAGGUUGCAGUACUCUUACUWUUUUUUGUGUUUAAUGCAACUGAAUCCUUUGAUGAGACACUUCGAUAGAGUUUCGAACAAAGAAAUUGAUCACAGGAACAAGAUAAAGAAUACAAUCUCAAUGUCGUCGAAAACAGAAGCAAGAGUAACGGCAGUGGCGACGGUGUCAGCGGUCAGAGAUAUGGAGGAACUGGAAGGGACUCUCCUGCCGGUGGCCACUGCUGUGUCAGAACGCGGCCCCGGAAACGGSGCGAUUCCCGCCAUUACACAAGCGUUUGACUACGACGAGGCCAUUKCAAACGAGCAGCAACAGCAGCUURCGGAGGAAGAAUUYAACGAAGCCUUUCCGAUCCCAGACAACGCCAACCARCGCAACUUUGCCGGUGUCUCGGACGACUCCAAAACGGCCGUGGGCAAGGCCGAUCUCAUCGGGAAAAUCCGCUGCGAGGAAGAACUGGAGAUCAUUCGCAACAACCGACGGAAAAUUCAUUCCCGAAACUACUUUGAARCGAACGCCUACAAAUCUGCUAACGAACGCGCCAAGCAACGGGACCGAGAGGGGCUCGAGGUCAAGGACGACCGUAUUGGCUUGUCCUUUGCCAAAAAUACGCUCCCCGAAAAAGUCGAAACAAGCACGGAGAAAUAUGCCAACAACUCGGAAACGGCUUCGAAAUCUGGCUACCAUGUGAAGGAAUACGAAUGCAUGACAUACGAUACAAAUGAAUACAGCGUGUCGGAAUACAAGAGCAUUUACGAUUAGAGYGGGAGCGAAAAACUACUGAUSUUCKUAUCGCCCCAUUCGUAGAUUCCCCAUCAAAAUAUUCUCCAWACCCAACGCAACAAAUAGAAAUACAAAAAUGUU